GGGAAUGCGGAAGUGUCCACGCCUUCUGCUUCAUCGCUAAAUAAGGCAGUCAACAGGGCGACAUGGCGUCUUCUGGUGCCAAAACAGACCUCAGGCUGGUGGUGCUGGGCCGGACCGGGGCAGGACAACGUUCAACGGUCUGCAGCAUCCUGGGCCUGCAAGACAGCGAGCAGGGCAGAGAAAGUGACGGCUGUAGUAAACACCGAGGAGAAGCUGCAGGACGACAGGUGCUGGUGGUCUCCAGUCCAGACUGGUUCAGUUUAGAUUACGACCCAGAAGAGAGACGAAGUCACAUCUCCACCUUGAUCACCUUCUCCAGCCCGGGGCCGCAUGCCUUUCUGCUGUGUGUCUCGGUCAACCAGCCAGCUGACGGAGAGACCAAAGCUCUGGAUGUCCUGGAGAAGGUCUUGGGCCCGUCUGCGGUGAGCAGGAACACCAUCCUCGUCUUCACCAACAUGGAGGAGCUGGAGGAGCACGAGAGGCUGGAGGACUACCUGCUCACGUGGCGCAAGGACCUCCAGGCGCUGCUGGAGAGAUGCAACGGUCGCUAUCACACCCUGGAGACCCGGAGCGGAGAACCGGGAGCCCUUGAGGAGAUGCUGGAGAAGGUGGAAAAGGUGGUGAAGGAGAACGGAGAAGAGCACUUCAGCUGCCCUCUCUACCAGCAGGUAGAGGACCAACUGGGGAAGAAGCAGCUUGAAAUUGUGAGAGAGUGGAGGAAGGAAGCACGGGUGGUGGACUUGGACGUGACUGAUGAGGAGAUGGAGGAAGCCCGAGAAGAGGCAGAAAGAAGUUUACGAGACCUAAAUGUGGACCUGGAUCAGGUUUUCCCUUCGUCCGCCGUCUCCAAUUCCUCCCCUCAUGCAUCCUCUCCCCUAGGCUUCUGGGAGACCUUGGUGUCCUGGGUCUUGUGGCUGCCCACGCUGGUGAGAAGGGAGGCCCUGCUGGGAGCUCUGGUGGGCCUCUUUGUUGGCGGGCCCUUCGGGGGCGUGGUGGGAGCCACGGUGGGCUCGGUGGCUACGGAGGUGGGCCGCAGGAAAACCCACAAAACCAAAUAGAUAAGUGGUGCGGAUAACGCCAUCAUGUGUCAUGCCUUAUGUUGCACCUUGUAGUCACUUCACUGUGGUCAGACUACGCCAAUUUAUCGCAACGCUAACAUGAAUGUAUCGCAAAGCUAAUAUUUAUGUAUUACAAAGUUAACCAGCUAACAUGAAUGAAUUGCAAAGCUAACAUUAAUAUAUUUCAAAGCUAACCAGCUAACAUUAAUGUAUUACAAAGCUAACCAGCUGACAGUAAUGUAUCACUAAUUAGCAAACAAUGUAUUACAAAGCUAAUUAGCAAACAAUGUAUUACGAAGCUAAUUAGCUAACAAUGUAUUACUGAGCUCAGAGCCGGCCCAAGGCAUAAGUGUACUAAGCGCUUGCUUAGGGCCCCGCGGCCACCAGGGGGCCCCCAAAAGCAAUUAACAAAAAAUUCUUAUUUUUUAUUUUUUGCAUGUAGGAGUCUGACUGAUGAUUUCUAAGUGAUCAAAGAUAUAUUAUUGUACAAAAACACAAUUUUAGGUCAACAUUUUUGCACAUUGCUGUUUCAGGUUUUUGUUACCAAAAAUAAUAAAGUGAAUCAGAAUCAGCUUUAUUGUCCAGUUAUGUUUAACACACAUGGAAUUUAACUUCAGUAGACUGCGCUCUCUUUGUACAAAGUAAACAUUAAAUAUGAACAAUUAACUAAAAAUAUAAACUAGUAAUUAAAGACUAAUAUGUACAAGACUGAUGAGACAAGAUGACACUUUUACUGUAAAUACAAAGCUUUAUCACUUGGACUGUUCAACCCCAGGCCACUCUUGUAGCUGAA